AGGUCCUGUGUGGAUGGCUAUAGCUGGAACAGGGAAAGGGAGACACGCAGAGCAAGGCAUGUAAAAGCAGAGGAAAAGGGCUGGAAUAGGUUCGUGUUUUUAAGGUGCGGAUGGUUUAAAGCUGAAGAGAGGACGGGGGGGAAAAAAAAAAAAAAAACCCUGCUGGAAAGUUUGUUCUUGCAGCGGAGCAGAUAGAUCGGGACACGGUUUGGGAUCCCUGUUGAGUUAUCUCGCACUGAGAUGAGGGAGUUUUGGAGAAGUCCCCGUUGUAUUGGGCUUUCACACAUUCCGGUACCCGUGCCGGCUGGAGGCGUACCGAGCUUCGGCCGUAGCGUCGCGUCUCAGAGGUUUACCGAGACGUGCAGAGAGACGUCCACAGAGGACAAACUGACUGACCUGGAUACGAUUUAAAAUAGAGCCAAAGGAGCCAACGUGCAGCUAAUUCUGGGCGGUGGAUCCCAGACAUCCAUGCUGAGUCCAAAUCAGUCCGGGAGGACGUCUGAUCCGGGUUCUCUUCUUUUUUAUUUGGCUCUGAAGACCGCGACCCGUCCAGGACUGAUGUGGUUGUUCUGGGCGGGUUAAAAUCUCCCAGUCUGUCAUCCAGUGGCAGUGGGGAAGCUGGAGCUGGAGAGGAGGACGGAGCUGACGUCCACGCUCAGGAUUUUCUAUCUAAUAAAAAAAUUAUGAGCCGCCUGCUGUAAUUCUGCUGCAGGGAUGCCUUGUAAUGUGGUUGGAUCCUCUGCUACCCUGUUGAUUCUCUGACCUGAAGAUGUGGAAAUUCAAAGCGUUUUGUCUGGAUUAUUGGCACGUGCUGUGCUUGCACCCACACAACAACUUUUACAAGAGUGUGGAAGGAGAUGGACGGCCCAGUGAGAGCGGUCCUUCCUUGGACGGCAGAGCCGGCUACGGCCAGGGUCCCGUAACUCACGGCUUGGCCAUCAGCCCCGACCGAUUCGACGGCCCGCUUUACAGCCACGGGGUCCAACCCGGACCGCAGAGGCCCCGUCGGCCCAAGCUUCAGCAUUCGCAAUCCAUCCUCCGCAAGCAGGCUGAGGAGGAGGCCAUCAAGCGGUCUCGGUCGCUCUCUGAGAGCUAUGAGCUCUCCGCCGACCUCCAGGAUAAACAGGUGGAAAUGCUGGAGCGUAAAUAUGGUGGAAGGUUCAUAACUCGGCAUGCAGCUCGGACCAUUCAGACAGCCUUCAGACAGUAUCAGAUGAACAAGAACUUUGAACGCCUCAGGAGUUCUAUGUCAGAGAACCGUAUGUCCAGGCGCAUCGUUCUCUCUAACAUGAGGAUGCAGCUUUCGUUUGAGGGCCCGGAGAAAGUGCACAGCUCCUACUUUGAAGGGAGGCAGGUGUCCAUGACGGAGGACGGCACGCCUCUGUCCAUGGUGCAGUCUGAACGCGGGGACGUGGAAGUCCAUCAGCAGGCGAACAUGACGUCUCACCCGCCGCCGCAGGCCGAUCUGACGGACGCCAUCACGGAGCUGGAGGACGCCUUCUCCAGGCAGGUUAAGUCUCUGGCGGAGUCCAUAGACGACGCGCUAAACUGUCGCAGCCUUCAGGGGGACGAGGGGCCUGACCCCGAGGCCAUGGGCUGCUCCAAGGUGCAGGGGGAAGUGCCCUAUCAGGUGAAGUCCCACCGCAGGCCAGCUGGACGGAUACGGGAUGAGACUGUGGCGUCGUAUAGUGACGUUACGUUGUUCAUCGAUGAGGAUGACAUGUCCCAUUCUGCUGCUCUGAGGUCAGGAGACCAGCCGUCCAGCACAGAAUCAGACUUGCGGCUGCAGUCAGUGAACUCCUCCCAGGAGUACUGGCCUAUCGACUCUAAAGACGAGGGUCGCGACACAGACACAAGCUGCCGCAGCACUCCCUCUCUGGAGUGCCAAGAGCAGCGUCUUAGAAUGGACCAUCUCCCCCUUUUGACCAUAGAACCUCCCAGUGACAGUUCGGCAGAGCUCAGCGAUCGCUCCGACCGCGGCUCUGUCAAACGGCCGCCUGUAUACGAACCUCACGGCCACAUCGUGACGUCGUCCCAGGCGAGCCCCAAACACAUUUCCCACGGACCGCCGCCUCGAGCCCCCUCCCGCGACGACGACGCGCCUCUGCGCCACCGCCACCGGCAGCUAGAAGGCCACCUUGCCAUCAACGGCUCGGCGAACCGGCAGAGCAAGUCGGAAUCGGACUUCUCGGAUGGCGACAACGACAGCAUCAACAGCACAUCGAACUCAAACGACACCAUAAACUGCAGCUCCGAGUCCUCGUCGAGGGACAGCCUGCGAGAGCAGACCCUAAGUAAGCAGACCUACCACAAGGAGACUCGAAACAGCUGGGACUCGCCGAUCUUCAGCAACGAUGUUAUCCGCAAGAGACACUACCGCAUCGGCCUCAAUCUUUUCAACAAGAAACCCGAGAAGGGCAUCCAGUACUUGACUGAGCGAGGAUUCAUCCCUGACACGCCGGUCGGUGUUGCCCACUUCCUACUUCAGAGAAAGGGGCUCAGCAGGCAGAUGAUUGGAGAAUUUUUGGGCAAUCGACAGAAACAGUUCAACAGAGAUGUCUUGGACUGUGUGGUAGAUGAAAUGGACUUCCAGAGCAUGGAGCUGGAUGAGGCUCUCAGGAAGUUUCAGAACCACAUUCGUGUCCAAGGCGAAGCUCAGAAGGUGGAGCGUCUGAUUGAAGCAUUCAGCCAACGCUACUGCAUCUGUAACCCCACGGUGGUGCGGCAGUUUAGGAACCCCGACACCAUCUUCAUCCUGGCCUUCGCCAUCAUCCUCCUCAACACCGACAUGUACAGCCCAAACGUCAAGCCAGAGAGGAAAAUGAAACUGGAAGAUUUCAUCAAGAAUUUAAGAGGUGUGGACGAUGGAGAGGACAUACCCAGAGAGACUCUGGUCGGCAUCUAUGAGAGGAUUCGUAAGCGAGAACUUAAGACCAAUGAAGACCAUGUGUCACAAGUGCAGAAGGUUGAGAAGCUGAUUGUGGGAAAGAAACCUAUCGGGUCACUCCACCAUGGUCUGGGAUGUGUGCUGUCGCUGCCCCAUCGCCGUUUGGUGUGUUACUGCCGCCUGUUUGAAGUACCAGACCCCAACAAGCCUCAGAAGCUGGGCCUGCAUCAGCGGGAGAUCUUCCUGUUCAAUGACCUCCUUGUGGUAACAAAGAUUUUCCAGAAGAAGAAGAACUCGGUCACAUACAGCUUCCGACAGUCCUUCUCCCUGUACGGGAUGCAAGUGAUGCUCUUUGAGAACCAGUAUUACCCGAAUGGAAUCAGACUUACAUCAGCGAUACCAGGGGCAGACAUCAAAGUGCUCAUCAACUUUAACGCGCCCAACCCCCAGGACCGCAAGAAGUUCACAGAUGACCUGCGAGAGUCAAUCGCAGAGGUCCAGGAAAUGGAGAAAUACCGAAUAGAGUCCGAGCUGGAGAAGCAGAAGGGGGUUGUGAGGCCCAGCAUGUCGCAGAGCUCCGGCCUGAAGAAGGAAGCCGGCAACGGGGGGAUGAACCGCGCCAGCCUGGAUGACAGUUACGCCAUGGGCGAGGGCCUGAAGAGGAGCGCCCUCAGCAGCUCACUGCGGGACCUCUCUGAAGCAGGCAAGCGGGGGCGUCGCAGCAGUGCAGGAUCACUAGACAGCAAUAUGGAAGGGUCCAUCAUUAGCAGUCCGCACACUCGUCGGAGACCCACCACGGCACGUGAGGGCUCCUCCCGCGGCCACCCCUCCAUCCCCAACUCGGCGUCGACGUCCAUCCUCGGGUCGCUCUUCGGCAGCAAGCGGGGAAAGCCGCCGACUCAGGGCCAGCCCCCCCUGCAGCCGCCGGGCCACCCCACCCUCAUCUCGCACAAGCCCCACCCGACCAACCUGCACCACACGGCCCAGGUGGUGCACACCGUGCAGGCCCAGCUCCACGGCCCGCACCCGCAGUACUGCCAGGUCUCGCAGAACCCGCCGCCUUACCACCACCACCACCACUACCACCCGCCGCCCCACACGCAGUACCACCAGCACCCGGCCUUCUCCUCGCACGCGCACCACCACCCGCAGCACGGCCACUACGGCCAGCACCCGCACCACGCGCCGCACCCCCACCACCACGGCCAGCAGGCGGGCCCGGCACACAGCGGCCACAAACCCAAACACAGUGGCAUCAGCACCGUAGUGUGAUGCCUCCGCGCCCGGAGACGGGAAAGCGAGAGGAGGAGACUGUACGAAGGAAGGAAGGAGGGACAAUCGCUUACACCAAAGGGACUGACAGCGUAACUCUAUGGCCUGUCCACUGUGUUUCAGCUGCUGUGCUGGGAGCCGGUCACACCCAGACACCGCUUCCACUUCCAGGUCCAACCCAAUAUGCAGGAUAGAAAUCGGACUCAAAAUCUUCCAACGGGGCCUUCACUAGUUUGCCUGAUCCGGGGCUUCUGCGUGUGGAGGGUUUCGGGCGGUCUGCACAGGAAGAUGCUUUUUUAUUUUCUACGACCCGCCGCUUUACCCCUUUCCCGCCAUCGCAUAAAUCAGGAGGAAGGGCGCCCCGAGAUGAGAACAUGUUCGACUGUUUUUUUCUCCACAAUUUCAACUGUCCAGUCUUUGCUUUUCGGCAGAUCCUGCCCUCAUGUGAAUGCUAUUUGUCGCCGCCUCCUCUAGAGCUCAUAUAUAAUACAUAAAAAAAAAAAAAACGUAGAUAUAAGCAUUUCACACGUAGUCGACGGACAGCUAAACAACUCAGUCAUAGUAGUUCUAGUGCUGUAUUUACUGUAUGCGACAGCUACACGUUUUGUGUCUUAGCUCUCAUUAAAUAAAUGUGCCAAUUAUUAACGCAUAAUCUAUUUAGUCGAGACUUCAUGUACAGUAUAUUGUGUGUAAAGUCAUUUGUAAGAUUAUACUUACAAUUAUUAUAAGCGAAAAUGGCAUCUAUCAGUAUUACGCUGACUCUGGUGGCGGGAUGUAGAUCUGAAAAUGGAAGAAACUCCCAAUCGGCCCGCCGUGCUCCGGUCCAGGCCUAGGAUCUGUUUUGAAGCUUUUUUUUUUUGCCUUUCCAGUGAAUUACAGAAAGAAUAAAAAUAGAAAUUAAAAAAAAAAAAAAAAGGAAGCUCUAGAUGGCAGCUGCCGCAUAUAUGACCUUGAUAAACGUAGUCUGAGCGGGGCGGAUUCCCUAAAGGAGACGUUUCCUCUAAGAAAAAGGCGUUCGAAAUGAAGAAUUUGGUGCAAAACUGUAUUUUUAACAGGUAAAGUUUCUGUUACAUGUGGUCCCGUCUAUAUGCAGCAGCUGCUUGCUUUACUCUUAAAAUCAAACCGAGAAAAUAUCUUUAAAUAUCUUCUUUUUUUUCCUUUCUUUAGAGUUUUUCUUUUUUGUUUUUCUUCAUUCACCAACUUGUUUUUGGUGGAUUUUUUUUCCUAUUUAAUGUGCAAUAUCUUUGUACUGAUUUUGUACAUCAAGACCAAGCAAGGACCCCGCCCCCCACCACCACCACCCCUCCUGUUUGUGCGUUUGUCAUUUUGCGUCAUUAUUAUUUAUUUAUUUUCACUUUUUGACCCCCUGUCCGAGUCAUUUUCUCUGUAAAUUAAUGUCCGCCUGUCCUCGUGGUCUUAGGAGGGGUACAGCCUUGGAGCUCAGUGGAAUGUCUUGUAAGGUUUUUUUUUGUUUGUAUUGCAUGUAAUGUUUUUUGAUGUGAGGCUAUCCUCUGCACAUUGUAUAACAAAUCAGUGUUACCAUGGCAAGUUUAAGUGCAAUCAUGCAGGCUUGUACUUGAGAGUGAAAGUCUGUCGUCUUGUUGUCCAGGAUGAGAUUCAGGUAAAAAAAAAACAAUUUUUUUUUGUUCUUUUAAAAAGAUGUAUAAGUACCUAGACAUUUCAGAGUGGAAAGAAGAAUGUGUGUAUAUAUUUUAAUAAAAAGGAAACAGAAAUAUUUCGCUGGACAAGCACAUAUAAAAGUACAGUUUCUUUUUUUUUUUCUUCUUCAGAAAACGCAGUUAUAUAACCUACACAAAUGCAAGCUAAACAAAAGAACUGGUUAUAUGUAAAGAUUAUCUUUCUAUAUUCUACAAAUAAGAGUCUAUUCUAGUGUGUAAAUUAGUAACAGUAAGCUGUUUGUCCCAAUAUUCAGGUUAUAAAAUGUAUUUUAAUAUUCAAGAAGGAAUCCACACAAGUCGGGCUCACGCAUUAUCUUUCUUCUGUUUCUUUUUUUUUUUUUUUUUCCUUUCCUUUUAGACAACAGACAUAUCACACGCGGGACAUUAAUGAUCAGCUGAAUGUGUCUUUUUCCGAUGAUUUCAUAUCUUUGCUAUUAUUCAGAAAUUUUGGAAAACGGUGUGAAACUGAUGCAAUUGUUUAUUUUGGUGUGCUGUCGUGCUUUAAAUGUUGUUUUGUUUUUGUUGUUUUUUUUGUUGUUGUUUUUUUUUUUUUUUUUAAAGUACCCCAACAAUGCACUGCAUGGAUCCGAUGCAUCAUGCGUCCUAUUCACUGUGAGCUGAUGGGGAAGAAAUCAGCCGAGAAAAACGUUGGACUUCUUUUUUUUUUUCUUUUUUUUUCUGGUUCUGAAUAAGUUGGAACUUUACGAUGUUGGCGUGUCCUUGUCGUCCCAUGGUUUUUGCCUGGUAGAUAUUGAAGCUCAGCAUGCAUUUCAUCUACAAAGCCAUUGUGUAAAUUACAAACAUGGAAGAAGAAGAAGAAGAAGAAGGGGGGAGGAGGAGGAGGAAAACAAAAAGGAAACGUUGCACUUCGUCGCUGAGGGCUUUCAUUGUGUAAAUACAGGAUUCUGUCGUGCAAGCUGAAGAACUGCUCGGUAAGAGAGUUUAACUUUGUGAAGACUGUAAAGGGACCAAAACUGGGGUUAAAGGAGCUGUACAUAAUGUCUAUAUUUCCAGUGCUCUACUCUGACGUCUGCAGUUUAGGUCGGGAUGUACACACGUCGCCUCCCGGAGGGAUGGGAGCGGUGCUGAUUGAACCCAUCGAUCCUCUCUUCCUCCGACUGUUGUGAACUGAGAUUUGCUGUGGAAAUCAAAACCAGACUGUUAUGGAAAGCGUCCUGCCAUCAAUUACAUGCAGUUCUCCUUUCACAGACACAGACACACGCAGUAGAAUAACACGCGGAUAAAUGUACAAACAACCGGCUGCGAGCUGUUCGGUCCGGUCGCGGGACACGUUUAGGAGAAUGGAAACGACAGAAAUGGCCUCAUUUAAAUGUGCAUUCUGUUUGUACAGUGAAUAGUGAGUCAGUAAGACCCCAGUUAUUGUAAAACUUCAACUGUGACGAUGUUGAGAACGCAAAAUAAACAAAUAUAUGACUUAUGGUA